UUCUUUUUAACUGGGUUGAAUUUUAUCUGAGGUGAACACCUUGAUAGGAACUAAAGAGGAUUUUGCAGGAAGAAACUUGCUUUUGCAGUGGGCUUUAGAAUUGAUCAUAGGGACCUGUUUAAGUGAUAUUUUUCAGUUUUCGAAAUAGAUGUAUUUUAAAUACUAGGUGUGUUAAUUUUUUUCUUAGAUCUUAAGUUGAAUAUAAAGUUAUCAGUUGCCUAGGGAGUCUAGAUUCCUAGGAAAAGUUGCACAAGCUUUUAGGUAAAUGUAUUUAAAAAUAGAGUUGAAAAGACUUGCAUGUUUUUCCCAUUUCGUCAAUAGUUUUGAAAUAUUUUUCAUAACGAUGGUGUUAUUUUAGAGUGUGAGGAAUUACUUCCAAGAAAGUGGCAAUAUGUAGUUGUUCUAGAUUUCUAUGGAUUAAGAUGAAAGUUUUACACAAUGCGGUGCAAUUUUGUGUAAUUGCCUGAUAAAUCAUUUUACUUCUAACACCUCCUUUGUGUUUAAUUAUAGCAGCUUCUAGAAGCAAAUUAUUUUGUUAUUUGUUGGAAAGUACUGGUGUUUCCAGUUUCUUUAGGUGGAAGAUAUUAUGCAGCACUUACUUGUUAAUGCCCUAACAUUCAGUUGGAUGAACAGUCUAACUUCAAAAGAUAUGACAUUAAAUGACACACACACAUCCAAAGACUGAAUAGUUUAGUUUUGAUGCUAAAAAAAAAUACAUGUUGAAUAUACUUUAUUUUCCAGAUGGAGAAAUCGAUUAUUCUGUUGCUCUGGUUACAAUAUGUUGUUAAGGUCGUUUGUUUCUGUUAUAUGCCAAUGAAUAAUCGAACAACAACAGUUUUUAUUGAAUGGGAUGAAUUUCCUAAGGGAGGAAGUCCUGAAUUUUAUUUUUUAAAAUAUCAACUUGUUAAUAAUUUUGCUGAAAAAAAUGUCAAAAGCGUUCCUGCAGACCUGCAAAAACUUUCAAAGUCAGUAAUACUAGAGGAAAAUGAAGACUAUCACAUCAUUCUACAGUCUAUAAAACAUGGACAAAUUUUAAGUGAAAAGUCAUUUGAAACCCGUGGUUUCUCAACUAGCAAUAUUAAAACAAAAGCAACAAGCACGAGUGUUUCCUUUAACUGGAGUGUGCUGUCUUCCAGUGACAUUUUAGUGUCAAUAUCUCUCAGUAAUUCUACACAAAUUAUGGAAAAUAAUAUUACAGCUUAUGAGUGGGCUAAUUUAAAACCUGCAACCUUAUAUGCUUUUAAAUUUGAAUUUAAACAGUUGCAUUUGGAUUUUAUAAAUGUAUUUCAGAGACUGGAUGUUCAAGUAGAAACAGGUUCAUGUUCACGAGGAUGGGUAGCAUUAAAAAAUAGCUGUUAUAAAAUUAGCAAAGAGAGUAUGCCGUGGGAUAUAGCUGAGCAACAUUGUAAGUUAUCCUUAAGUUCUGCACACCUUGUGGAUAUAAAAAAUGAAGAGGAAAAAAACUUUAUAUUUUCACUCCUCAGGUCGAAGAAUCAAAUAAUAAUAUGGACUGGUCUUAAUGAUUUGAAGAAAGAAGGUCAUCUCACAUGGAUAGAUGGAUCAUCUUUUGGCCUUAAGAAAAAUGAAAUCUUUUCUUUUCCACUGCUACCCAAGAAUGAAACAGAUUGCUACAUUUUACAGCAAAAUGCAACUGGAUCAAACUAUUUCUUUACAAGAUUUUUCUGUUAUGUUCCACUGCCAUAUAUUUGCAAAUACGAGUGUAAUUAUUUUUAUUGAUAUUCUCAUAUCAUGUAUCUCCCUUUUAUUAUUUUAAAGAUAGAAUUAUGAUUUCUAGUUACAAAUAAUGCUCCUCUCUAUUUUUUUCAGCACUUUCUCUGCAGGAAAACCUUUCAAUCUAUAUAAAGGAUAUCGGAACAACUGAAGUUGUAUUUGGUUGGCAUAAUUCAAAUGGUUGGAAUAAUUUGGAUAAGUGGCUAAAACUGGGAUAUAAAAUUAUUAUUAAAUAUUAUUUAGAUUUUACAGAAGAACAACAUUUUGACAGCAUAUCCCCAAAUGCUACAGAAAAAACAAUUACCCAAUUGUGUCCUGGCCAUGUUUACAGAUUUUUACUCUUUGCAAUAAAUGAAUGGGAGGCAAAAACUAUGUUAACUUCAAUAUUCGUUGUUGAAACACGCCCAUUAUCAGCUCAAAAUGUCACAGUUAUUCAUGUGACUCCAACAGAAAUAUUUUUACACUGGAAUCCCCCAGAUCUUGUAUCUUUUCACCAUUAUCUUGUGUCGAUUUUGGAUGUUGAAAACAAUAAAUCCAAAGAGGUGUUUGUUGAAAAACUCAGCACAUCAAUGAAAAUUGGAGAUCUCAAACCUUUCCAUCAGUAUCUGAUAUAUCUAUUCAGUGUAGCAGAAAGAGGAACUCUAAGCUGCUCUGAGAGACCUAUUUCAGCUGUGACAGGUAUUAAUCCUCCGCAGAAAGUUCAUGCUAAACCUGAAGAUGUGGGAGAGGACAGUAUAAUUCUUCACUGGGAACUCCCACAAGGUGGCCAUGAGGUCUAUAUUCAAGUCAAACCCGUAUCAGAUGCAAGAGAAGUCAGGAAGCUUUUUGUAAAAGAUGCUAAUAGAUUCAAGAUUGAUAAUUUAACCCCUGGAAUGACAUAUGACAUUGGAAUGGCAACAAUGAUGAAUGGGAACUUGAGUGAGCUGGUAACUAUUCAACAAACUCUAAAGCCCAAACCAGUCCAAAUUGUUAUCCCAUAUGAAAGUCAUAGUACCUCUGUAAUCUUAUUUGUUCAAAUGCCUGAUACUGGAGUGUUUGAUGGCAUACAUAUUGUAAUUGAAGGAGGACCAAAUGUUACCAGGCCUUUGAAACAUGACAAUAAAAUAACUGUUGGCAAUUUAACGCCAGGCACAGAAUAUAAUUUCUUUGUUUCCAUCGUCAGUGGUACUAAACUAAGUAAUAUGUACUAUGUGCCUGCAGUAAAAACAUGUCUGGAAGCACCAUCAAAUAUCCAUGAGGGCAAAGUGACAGACUCUUCCAUAGAAAUUCUCUGGAAUCGAGCUGAUGGGAAUUUUCAGCAUUAUGAAAUCACAUGCAUGAACUGUACUGCUGCUUUCAUGGUCCAGAAGGUAGUUCAAGAAGCAGCAACAUUCUCUAACCUGGAUCCUGCGACAGUGUAUACUUUUUCAAUUUGCACUGAAAAAGAAGGUUUUAAAGACAGUGCUCCUAACGUAAAAGAAAUACAGACAGCCCCAAGUGCAGUUGAAUUUAUGAACCAUAGUAGAAACUCCAAUGCAAUAACUGUUAGCUGGCCUACAGCUAGAAGUCUUCUGGACGGAUACAUUAUUUCAAUAUCCAGCGGAAUCUUAAUGAAAGAGGAAACCCUGCCUUCCACAAAAAGGACAUUCACAUUUAAUAGCCUUUCUUCAGGGACUGACUUUUUAAUUAGUGUUAUAACUACCAAGGGACUGAAAAGAAGCCAUCCCGCUGUCCUCAUGGUUAGCACUUGUAAGUUUAUUUUAUAUUUAAUUGACUUUUCAUGGGCAAAAAAUAAUGGAAAUGGUUGUGUUUAAAGCCAAUAUCUAAUUAAAAAUGAAUGAAAAUGGAAGUGGUUUAUGGCAUGCUUGAAGAGAA